UCUCUCUCUCUCUCUCUCUCUCUCUCUGACAAGUCUAGUCUUCACCGAUGAGAUUUCACAAAUUGAUGAAGAAAAACGCAAAAUCCAGAGUUGAAUUGUAGGCUCACGUUGCAAGGAGAAACUCAAUGCUGGUGUGAAACGAGCAGUUGAAUCUAUACCAAGAAGUAGAGGACUGUACCCGGAACUCGCUUCCACAAACACAAAACCGGAACCGGAUGGGCUUGCGUACAUUGUUUGUCACUCACUGAUGAUACACGCUGUCACAUAGGACCCGUGUUAAUAGAGCAGUCUCUGCAUCAAGGGUGGCAGAAAAAUACAGUUUCCAUAGAUGUUUCCUCUUCUGGCAACUAAUUUAAGCAGCGGGGGCAAUUCAACUUGAGGAUUGUUUUAAUGGUGAUCGCAAGUUGAGGGAGUCAGCUCAUAGUUUUCUCCCCGUGAGUUUCUUUCGACGAGCCGGUCGCGGCUAGAGGAUUUAUCCCGAUUCGACAAUGACAAGCUACGUGGCCCUCAGCUUCCUACUUCUACUCAUCCCAACGCUUACCUGUCAGCAAGAUCCUGGGGGUAUCAUGGACUCCAAGUUGCGUGAGGUGCACCUCCACCGGAAGACUGAUCUCAUCUUCCUCCUGGAUAACUCCGGCAGCAUCGGUGAGGCAGACUUCGACAUCCAGCUGCUAUUCGUCAAGAGUCUGCUGAUUGAGUUCAGCAUCAGCCCGAAGGACACUCGGGUUGCUGUGGUCAGCUACAACGAACAAGUGACGCGGCACAUUGAUUAUAUCUCCCACGACCCGGACAACAAAUGCAGCUUUCUAUCGAAAGUCAAGAGUGAAGUCAAGUAUAAGGGAGGAAGCGCCACCAACAUUAAGUUGGCUCUGCAAGACGCGAGCGACAUCUUCGAAAACAGCCAACGAGGAGGGGAAGAAGACGUCAAAAAGGUAUUGAUUCUACUGAGUGAUGGUGUGUCCAAUACCGGCGGAUCACCAGUAGAUGAGGCCAAGCAACUCCGGCAGGAUGGCGUGGCGAUUUACACCAUAGGAGUGGGCCUGUUCGACCGGUCACAACUCCAGCUCAUAGCCAGCACACAGUACCACUUCUUCAUCUUUUACAACUUUGAGGACUUCAAGAGGCUUGCUCUCCGAAUUCGCGGAGAUCCCAAAGACAACCAGUUCGACGCACUCGUUGACCAGAGUCUUUGCAACGGCCUAUGCACUAAGGCUGGCGGAUGCUGCCACGAACACGCAAGAUGCACAUGCUCUCUCGUAGGGGGGCGCCACGGCUGCGUUUGCGGACCAGGCUAUUUUGGGCUCAAGGGCUUACACAAUUGUGAAGAGUGCCCGAGGGGUACAUACAAGUCAAACUACGCAGAGGUGAGUAAAUGUACCCCCUGCCAGCCUCACUCAACCACGACGGCAGAGGGCAGCACAUCUCUUUCGGCAUGCGAGUGCUUGGAAGGAUACUUUCGUGCAGAGGAUAAAACAUGCAAAGUUCAAAGGUGUCCACGAUUUGUAUCACUAUCGAAUGGUCGGAUGAGACCGGAUAUCUGCGAGAACACCUACGAAUCAGAGUGUUCGUUUGAAUGCAACCUCGGCUACGAGCUGAUCGACCCUGCCAACUCUGCCACACGCCGAUGCAAAGCUGACGGAUUUUGGUCAGGAAAACAAGCACAGUGUCAAAAGGUCAGCUGUGACGAGAUCCCAACACCAACUGAUGGCAGUAGGCUUUGUUUAAAUCAAGAUGAAUUUCUCGGUGAUGUCUACGGUUCUACUUGCAGCUUUUCGUGUAAAGAUGGCUUCAACGAGGUCGGGGAUAGAGAACGUGAAUGCACUGAGUCUGGAGAGUGGUCCGGGGUACCCUUUUCAUGCAAAGCUAUUACGUGCCCCACUUUGCCCUCCUUACGUAAUGGCUACAUUGUACCCGCAAAGUGUGGAGAGAAGCGGCAAAAGGUGAAGCUAGCCUGUGCGUUUAGCUGCGAGGAUGGGUAUAGACUACAGGGCCCUUUGACCAAACAGUGUCAGACCACUGGAAACUGGUCCUCAGACGAACAGGUCGCGUGUGUUGAUGCCAUCCCUCCUGAAAUAACCUGCCCAGAUUCAAUUGAUAAAGAAGCCGAACCUGGACUUUCGUCGGCCGAGGUCACGUGGGACAUGCCAGUCUACAGUGAUAAUCUAGACGGCACUGACGCCCUCACCGUCACCGUUCAUCCAGCCGGACUCAAACCAUCUCAUCGAUUUGAAAUUGGAUCUGUUCGUGUACGGUACACUGUUACGGACACCGCUGGCUUGAGUGCGGAGUGUUACUUUAAAGUGGUUAUUCUAGACAAACAACCACCCACGGUAGAAAACUGCCCAGACGAAAUGCAUGAAACGUCAUCUGACAAGAUAAGCGCCGUGACCUGGGAUGAACCACAGUUUACUGACAACUCUAAAGGGGAUCUCAUUUUAACUCAAACACAUCAUCCUGACGUGGAGCUAACUUGGGGAGCACAUAUCGUGACGUAUACAGCAACAGACGCUGCCGGAUUGGAGUCCGAAUGCCGAUUCAGAAUUCGUAUCGGUCCUUCGACUUGCACAAAUUACCCAGAUCCACGUAAUGGGGCGAGGGCAUGUGACCAGUGGUUGUUCGGAUCGUUCUGUCGUGUCUACUGCAACCAGGCCUACGAGUUUGCAGAGAAGCCGGCCGCGUGGUACAUGUGUGGCAGGGGAAAAUGGACCACCAGUCCAUUCGGGUUCUCCAUACCAUGGCCGGAUUGUUCAGAAAAACAUGAUCCAAGUGGAGUUCGACUGGGUAUGGAGACGCAGUACUAUGCCGGAGACUGCACAAAUGAAAAGACAAGACUAAGAAUCCGAGAAGCUUUUGUUGAUGACUUCAGGAAGAGUAUGAUUGGUAGACGUGGUGGGUGUAUGGGAGAAAACUACUGUUUGGUGGAGGAAGUGACAGUAUACUGCGGUGAGAUAGACGAAGACGAAGACGAAGGUAGGAGAAGGCGGCGAAGUGCCGACACUACAGGACUAAACUACACAGUGACAAUUGACUUUACUGUCUCUACACAAAUACGAUCACCGGACAAGGGACAACACAAAGCUCAGCUUGAGAAUGCCACACAAACACUUGAGGAAAUCAAGGGCAACUUCGCCAAACUCGCAGGGGCUGGUCAACUACAUCUCGUUGUCGACAACCAGACACUUCCGGUCGUUGAGGGCUCAUUCUCUGCCAAUCGAACCGUACCGCUCUGUCAAACAGGGUCGAUGUUGCUGGACACAGAAGAAUGCAUCAACUGUGCCGUGGGUUCUUACUUGGAGACGGCAGCUCAUGAAUGUAGAGUCUGCGAGGAGGGCACGUACCAGGAUGAGGAAGGACAGGACUACUGCAAGAAUUGCCCGUCCGGUACCUGGACUGCAGGCACACAGGCCAAGGACAUCAGUGAAUGCCGAACACAGUGUAACCCCGGUACGUUUUCUCCAUCCGGGCUAUCAACGUGCAAACCGUGUCCAAUAGGCUCCUACCAACAUGGCUUCAAAAAACACGCCUGCAUACCAUGCAGAGAGGGUACAACUACGUCCGCAAAAGGGACCAGUUCAUCGAGGAACUGCAGAGCUGUUUGCAGUCCAGGGAAGUAUAGCGUUACCGGACUACGUCCAUGUAAGCCUUGCCCUAUGGGAAUGUAUCAGCCAGAACAGCAUCAAACUGAAUGUCUACCGUGCCCAGACAACAAAAUGACAACCGAUGAGGGCGCUAUAUCAGAGUCCGAGUGCAGAGAUAUCGAUGCGUGCGAAUCUGCCCCGUGCCAAAAUGGCGGACUGUGUGUGAGAGACGGUGCCUCAUUCUACUGCGGUUGCCCACCAGGCUUCGCUGGUAGCCUGUGUGAGAUAGAGGUUGACGAAUGUGCGUCACAACCUUGUUUCUUUCAGGCUACGUGUGUUGAUCAAGUGAACGGAUUCGCCUGCGUCUGCGUAUCUGGUUAUGAGGGCGCCCUCUGUGCCGUAGAAAUCAACGAGUGUUUAUCCCACCCCUGCCAGAACGAGGCUAAAUGCCGAGACCAGAUUGCACGUUUGGAAUGUGACUGCGUGGAUGGGUUUACGGGGCCCUUCUGUGAGACACCACCCGACCGCUGUGCCAGUCAGCCAUGCCUAAACGGAGCAGUCUGCACACAGACGCCCUCAACGUUUCAUUGUCAAUGCCAGGCUGGAUACAAGGGAGCGAAGUGUGAGAUAGAUAUUGACGAGUGCUACGGAAGGCCCUGCCAGAAUGGCGCGAGUUGUAUCGACCUCCCAGGGAGCUACCAAUGCGCAUGCGUGCCCGGAUACGAGGGGGUGAACUGUGAGGUGGACAUUAAUGAGUGCCUGGGCCAUCCGUGUGCGAACGGCGCCACCUGCCGUGACGUCAUCAAUGGUUACCAAUGCAUGUGCCUACCAGGGACUGCAGGGAGACUGUGCGAGACCGAAAUGUCACAGGAGUUUUAUUUGAGUUUCGACACAUCGUCAACGUCAGAGUUCUCCCUGGUUGAAAGAGACCGCUCAGAGCUUCGAGCCGUCACUUUGUCAAUGUGGAUCCGAUCAUCAGAUACAACCAACAUGGGAACGCCCUUCUCAUAUGCCGCCAAGAGAACAACAAACGGGUCGGUUGACAUUAUUGAUAACGCACUAACAGUGACUGACUGUGCCUCACUGAAGAUCUACAUGAAUGGUCGAGCUUUCUACACCGAUGUUGCCAUCAACACUGGCUAUUGGACUAGCCUGGUGUUCACAUGGAGUAGUCAGGUUGGUGAUUGGAGUUUGUAUAUGAACGGUUCCGUAGCCGCGACCGGGGUCGGUUUCAUCGGGGAGCCGAUACCGGGGGAAGGAGUGUUUGCCCUCGGUCAGGAACAAGACUCUCUCGGUGGUUCGUUCAGCUCCAGAGAAUCUUUCAUUGGAGACAUCUACAAGAUGGAUCUCUGGGAUGCAGUGCUGUCUGAGAGUGACAUAUCAACCAUCUCCAGAAACUGCUUUGAUGGACAUGGCAACAUCUUAGCAUGGUCAGACUUCCUUGAAGGACUGGAAGGAGAUACACUCGUACCACAACCCACAACCGAUGGACACGAGAUACCUGUCUGCACAUCCAUAUAAAGUUCGUCAGUAGUCUUGCUUUCAAGACGAUAUGAGGUAUACUUGGAUGUACCAUACGUGUUAUUUUCACCCGAGGAGCUACAAGUCAUUAACGAUGAAUCGAAAGAAGACUGGCUAUAAUCAUUAUUUUAAAGCAGUAGGUUAACCGUGGCUUUUUGUCUCACGAAACAAGACUAGCUAUUUUGUUCCUAUCAAAGCAUUACGUAUAAUGUAGCCUUCCUCUCAAGUCUCACAUAGAUGUAUUGCAGUUGAUACUAUGUGUUUUAAUGACCAGAGGAGGCAUGAUGUCUAGAAUAAAGGCUAACCCUCGUUGUACCAAAGAAUGACAUGGCCAAUACAUAUCUAUAAAAUUUGCCAAAAUUCUGAUCACAUU